AUGGCGAGAUCUGGAGUUCCAGGUCAGGUAGCUUACGAGUUGGAGUUACCGCCAGGACUGGAAGCAGUCCAUCAGAUCACAGAAAAUUUAUCAUACGAGGAAGAAUCAGUUGCCAUUCUUGAUAGGCAAGUCCGCAGGCUGAGGACAAAGAAUGUGGUCUCUGUAAAGGUCCUGUGGAGAAGAAGAGAUAAGGAGGAAAUGACAUGGGAAGCUGAGGAGGAAAUCAAGUCCAAAUAUCAUUAUCUAUUCCUUGCUGUAGAUGUUCAAGGAGAAACAUUACAGAACCUUACCCAGCCAGGAAAUAAUCUGCAAGGUUAA